GGCUGAGUUCUACUCAAGGCUGAUGGUAUUCACCAGAGGCCCCCUUACCACUCAGUCCACAAUCGACACGCCACAGGCCAACAUGGCAAGGUGUUUGCAUCUCGGCUCCUUCCUUUUCACUAAGAUGGUCAAUACACCCCGUAUCUCAAUGGGAGUCAAAACUUGCCUCAUUAAAACCUGGACCCCACACAGCCAAGGCAAAGCAAUCAGCAUCCACUCGGCCAUACACUCCGACUCUGAAAAUAACAGAGCCAUAUUAUACUUGUCGGAGGAAAAAGUCAUAAUACACUUUAUUAACCAAGAUGGCAUCAAAACCACCACUGCUGUUACUGAAGGACAGACCCUGUUGGAUGUUGUCGUAAACAAAAACUUGGACAUAAGUGGUUUUGGUGCAUGUGAGGGGACAUUAGCAUGCUCCACCUGUCAUCUCAUUUUUGACAAGGCAUUUUAUGAGAAGAUGGAACCAAUGGUGGAUGAGGAGAUGGAUAUGCUAGAUCUAGCUUACGGGCUUACCAAGACGUCCCGUCUUGGUUGCCAGGUGACAGUGCAGAAGUGGAUGGAUGGUAUGACUGUCCAAGUGCCCCAAGACGUGAGGGAUGCUGUGGGAUCUAAAGGCAGCCAGUGAUCCUUCAUGCAACCUGCUACACCUCUCACCUACUGUACCAAGUCUAAUCAUCAUCAUCAUAAUCUUUAUCAAACAUCUCCAGAAACACAUCACUCAGGACCACUCUGACAUGUAUUUACCCUUUGCCCUACCUAUCAACUAGCUUCUGUUGGAGAAUCGGUUGUAGCAACUACAUAUUACCGGUACAUAGCAUACAAAAUGGCCUAAAGUGGCAUGCAUUAAGAAGGCAUUCCUGUAAUUAUAAAUAGUAAGUUAUUAAAUGUUACAAACAUUGCCUGUAGCUCUAUGACAUGUCACCUAGCAUGCUGGCUUUAUAAAAGGAAACCAUUGGAAAUAUGGAAGCACAUUAAAGUGGACCAUCUUUAUUCAGCAGUUCUCUGCAAAGUGCCUUCAGAAAGUAUUCACACUCCUUGACUUUUUCCUAAAUGUGUUGUGUUACAGCCUGAAUUUAAAAUUGAUUCAAUUGAGAUGUUUUGUCACUGGCCUACACCCAAUAACCCAGAAUGUCAAAGUGGCAUUAUGUUCUUUAAAAAAAAAUGUAUUUGUACAAAUUAAUACAUUUUUUUAAAGUGAAAUGAGUCAAUAAGUAUUUCAAAUCCUUUGUUAUGGCAAGCCUAAAUAAGUUCAGGAGUAAAUGUUUGCUUACCAAGUCACAUAAUAAGUAGCAUGGAUUCACUCUGUGUUCAAUAAUAGUGUUUAACAUGAUUUUUUAAUCACUACCUCAUCUUUGUACCCCACACAUACUGUAUCUGUAAGGUCCCUCAGUCGAGCAGUGAAUGUCAAACACAGAUUCAACCCAAAAAAACAGGGUGGUUUUUGAAUCCCUCGCAAAGAAGGGCACCUAUAGGUAGAUGGGUAAAAAUGUAAAAAGCAAACAUUGAAUAUCCCUUUGAGUAUGGUGAAGUUAUUAAUUACACUGGUGUAUCAAUACACCCGGUUGCUACAAAGAUACACGCGUCAUUCCUAACUCAGUUGCCGGAGAGGAAGGAAACUGCUCAGGGAUUUCACCAGGGGGUAAAUUGUGACUUUAAAACAAUUACAGAGUUUAAUGGCUGUGAUAGGAGAAAACUGAGGAUGGAUGAACAACAUUCUCGUUACUCAACAAAACUAACCUAAUUGACAAAGAGAAAGGAAGUAAGCUUGUACAGAAUAAAAAUAAUCCAAAAUAUGCAUUCUGUUUGCGACAAGUUCUAAAGUAAUACUGUAAAAAAAUGUGGCAAAGCAAUUAAGUAAAUGCGAUAUUUCUGUAUUUCAUCUUCAAUAAAUGUUAAAAAAUUAAAACAUGCUUUGAAUUUGUCAUUAUGGUGUAUUGUGUGUAGAUGGGUGAGAAUUAUUAUUAUUUUUAAUUCCUUUUUUAAUUCAGGCUGUAACACAACAAAAUCUGGACUAAGUCAAGGGGUAUGAAUACUUUCUGAAGGCACUUUCUAAACCAAAUAAAAUUCCCUUUAAAUAAGUAAAACAAAUGUGUUUUCAUCCAACUACAUUGUGAAACUUCUAUGCAUAAAAACAGACAGUGAUUAAAGUGGUGCAGUAUACAUGCGUUAUAAAUAAAGGUUAAAAUCCAGGCAUGUCA